AUGGACGCCAACGAGGACAUUCCCUCUCCUAGUCCCAGAAUCUUCGACCGUUACGCCUCUUCCUCGGACGAUGAUUCGCAGCCUUCCUACCCUUCCCUCCACUCCACCAACCGACGCCUCGACUACAUGAUUCAAUUCCUUGACCGCAACCUUCUACCGCAACACUCCUCUCGGCGUGACGGGAGUGCUGUUGGACAGUGGUGGUUGGAUUUGAUAGAUGAAACAUUGCGUGAUAUGAUGGAAAGAAAAUCACAGGUUAUGAUGGGAAAGAAGUUGCAUGAAAGGAAAAUGUAUGAACGUGUUGGAUCUAGACAGUUGGCAGGCAUGCUUGUUGCUGUUUGGGUUGAGGGUAAUCUUAAACCGCAUAUUGGGGAUAUUGAUGCAGCUGCAGUGCCAUGUGGCUUUGGGCGUGCGAUUGGUAACAAGGGAGCUGUUGGUUUAAGACUGAGAGUGUAUGAUAGGAUUUUUUGCUUUGUUAAUUGUCACUUUGCUGCACAUUUGGAGGCUGUUGGUCGUCGCAAUGCUGAUUUUGACCAUGUCUAUCGUACAAUGACGUUUAGUCGACCAUCUAAUGUCUUCAAUGCUGCUGCUGCUGGUGCUUCUUCUGCUGUUCAAAUGCUUCGUGGCGCUAAUGUUAUGGGUGCCCACUCUGUUGAAGUGAUGCCUGAAUUGUCUGAGGCAGACAUGGUUGUAUUUCUUGGCGAUUUUAAUUAUAGGCUUGAUGGUGUAUCAUAUGAUGAAGCAAGGGAUUUUAUUUCUCAAAGAAGCUUUGAUUGGCUUAGAGAAAGGGAUCAACUUCAAGCAGAGAUGGAAGCUGGAAAUGUUUUCCAGGGAAUGCGGGAAGCAGUUAUUACUUUUUCUCCUACGUACAAAUUUGAAAAGCACAUAGCUGGUUUAUCAGGUUAUGAUUCUGGUGAAAAGAAGCGCAUUCCUGCCUGGUGUGACAGAAUUUUAUAUCGUGAUAGCCGACGAACUUUGGGAUCUGAAUGCAGUUUAUAUUGUCCUGUUGUCUCUUCUGUAUCACAGUAUGAGUCUUGCAUGGAUGUGACAGACAGUGAUCACAAGCCUGUGAUUUGCAUAUUUUCUGUUGAAAUUGCUCGUAUUGAUGAGUCAGUGAGGAGACAAGAAUUUGGAGAUGUAAUGAGAUCAAAUGAGGAAAUUAGGUGCAAGAUUGAAGAAUUAUGCAAGAUUCCAGAAACUAUUGUGAGCACUAACAAUAUAAUCCUCCAAAACCAGGACACAUCAAUUUUGCGCAUCACAAAUAAAUGUGUGGAAAGCAAUGCGUUGUUUGAAAUAGUUUGUCAAGGUGAAUCUACAAUCAAGGAUGAUGGACAAGCAUCAGAUCAUCAUCCAAGAGGUUCCUUGGGCUUUCCACUGUGGCUUCAGGUUACUCCAGCUGCUGGUAUAAUCAAACCUGAUCGUGUAGCAGAGGUAUCUGUCCAUAUUGAGGCUUUCCAUACCCAAGAAGAGUUUGUUGAUGGUUCUCCACCAAACUGGUGGUGUGAAGACAACAGAGAUAAGGAAGCUAUAUUGGUUGUCAAAGUUCAUGGCAGGUAUGCAAUGGAGACGAGGAAUCAUCAUAUUCGUGUUCGCCAUUGCUCUUCAGCCAAAAUGAAAAAGAAUGACUCUAAGCCUAAUGAUUCGCCACAAAUUCAAGGAAAUCUCCUUCACCGGGCUGAUUAUCAAAGGCUUAGUGUUUCCUAUGAUGUGGUUGAUCAUCUACGGAAUUUGCAUAGUCCGUAACGUACCAUUAUGUAAGAUAUCCGCAAAAUCACAUGCCCUGGCUGCGGGGGUUGACAGAGCAGUAAAUGAAAUGUCCAGUCUACUUUUAUUAGUGUUCAUAGAAUGCUUAUUCAGUUUACCUGGUGCCAGUUUUUGCAAUGUCAUCAGUAUUCCUACAUGUUCUUUUGGUGCUAAUUUCAUUCUUAUUAAGUGUACAGUAAGAUCGAGCGUGAUAGUGUGAAUCAUUUCGGAUUGUUUUUAUCCUUUUACUCCUUUUCUUUCA